CCCAGACAUCUGAAAAUAACUCACAUCGUGAACCAACCCACAUCGCAUGCAUUCAAACAUAGACACACACAUACACUCUCUUGCGUUCUGUUCUCUUUCUCACACACUUCCCCUAUUAAAAGCUCAGGGGACAAACAGGAUAUUUUAUGCUCUACAUACACCUUUCAUACCAACAUAUCUUACAAUUCACUACCUCGUAAAUAUAUAUAUCAUUGAUCUCUGUACUUCUGACAGAUCAAUGGAGAACACAUCUCAACCCUUCCCACCUGUGUCUAACACCUUCUGCCUCAAUCGCUCCUCCUUCUCUGCCAUAACCCCCUUCCCUGUCUCCCCCCUCUGCCCCUCCUUCACCACCCGCUUCAUCCUCCCCUCCCUCUAUGUCCUCCUCUUCCUUACGGGUCUCCCGGGCAACGCUCUCUCUAUCUGGGUGUUCCUGAGGAGUAUUCCCACCCAGACCUCCACCCAUGUCUACCUGUUCCACCUGGGCAUGUCCAACCUGUGCCUCUCCCUCACCACCCCCUUCCUGGCCGCCUACUACUCACAGGGUCCAGGUUGGCCGGCCUGGAGCCCCCUGUGCCAGCUGGUCCUCCAUGGGGUCACCCCCAUUCAGCAGAUCAACAUCUACAUCAGUGUCUUUAUCCUGACCUGGGUGGCGCUCAGCCGCUUUGCCACCCUCAUCCAGCACACCCACGCAAGCCGCCCCAGCACCUGCACCACCCUGCUACCCCAUGCCUUCUUCACCAGGCUGAGACGGGUGAGGUUCGCCAAGGCCGUGUGCGCCUGUAUCUGGGGGAUGGUGGUGUUUGCCACAGUACCCGUGACAGUUUACUAUUCAGUGAAGGAGACGAAGGUGGAUGUAGGGAGUGAGGAUGGAGAGAGAGGAGGACGGGGUGAGGAGGAGGGGGGGAGGGUGUGUUACAGUGCGGCAAUGGAGAUGGGGGGAAGCCUGUCAAGGGGGGCGAAUGUGGUGUCCAUUGUGAUCUUCUUCAUGUGUUUCCUGCUGGUGCUGAUGUCGUAUGUGGCGGUGGCGAGGCAUAUAUGGAGGUCGCGUCAGUGUGCCGUUGUCAAUGGUUCCCAGAGGCUGCUGGGUAGAGUGUUCCGGAACAUCGUGGUGAUCCAGGUGGUUCUGAUAGUGUGCAUGUUGCCUUACCACAUCUUCAAGUCCAUCUUUAUCUCCAUAGUCCAGCACCAAGCUGACCCAGCCACCACCAUUAGGGGGCCCUGCCAUCCUCUCUCUGCCAUUGUUGAGGUCAAGAACUUCCUGCUUUGUCUCACCACGCUGAGGAGUUCGGUCGACCCGGUGAUGUACUUCUUGUUGGACAAGACCUUCCACAGACGUGUCAUGUUACUGCUUAGGCUCCACCCACAGAAUUCCAGCAGCCAAUCAUUCGGUGGGGCCACCACGCAGGCCACCACCAGAGCCAAUCCAAUUGGUGGGAGGUUGGAGGUGACUGUGUGUCUCAGGGGUCAUGGAAAGAGUCACACUCUGUGAACUGGAGUCAGUGCAGUGCUCUGUAAAGAUUGUUUAGGAUUUUGCUAUUUUACAUUGACCACUUCCAUCACCUCAUUCCUUUAUUGACCAGGAGAAGUGAGUCCAAUACUUUUACCAUGUGGUGCUGUUUUUUUACUCCUGCUAUAUUUAAAGAGCACGUUGUAUAUUUAUGAGCGAGAGGGAGAAGGAAUGUGUAACUGAUAUGUACACGACUGUUGGGAUCACUUAGAAAUGUCCUUGUUUUUGAAAGAAAAUCAUUUUUUUUUGUCCAUUAAAAUAACAUCAAAUUGAUCAGAAAUGCAGUGUAGACAUUGUUAAUGUUGUAAAUGACUAUUGUAGCUGGAAACGGCAGAUUUUAUAUGGAAUAUCUACAUAGGCGUACAGAGGCCCAUUAUCAGCAACCAUCACUCCAGUGUUCCAAUGGCACGUUGUGUUAGCUAAUCCAAGUUUAUAAUUUUAAAAGGCUAAUUGAUCAUUAGAAAGCUAUUUUGCAAUUAUGUUUGCACACCUGAAAUCUGUUGUUCUGAUUAAAGAAGCAAUAAAACUGUCCAUCUUUAGACUAGUUGAGUAUCUGGAGCAUCAGUAUUUGUGGGUUUGAUUAAAGGCUCAAAAUGGCCAGAAAGAAAUCAUU